AUGUUAAACGAAUUAAUCCAGCUAUUUUGCAACAAUGGGACUCAUUCUAGUGAGUUAUUUUAUAAUGCUACGUUACAAUUAAAUGAAUUUUUGGAUAAGAAAGAGAUAGUAAGAUGCUUUCCGAGAGUUUCAGAGAACCUUGGAGAUUAAUUGGUAUAGGAUAUUGAUGGAUAAUUAAUAGCCAAAUUUAAGGAAGGCAUCCCAUCAGCUUUUCCAGGCAUAUAUUCGUGUUAAUGAGAAUUUUGAUGCUGUACUUUAAGCAAUUCUUAGUAGAGGUCUUGUACAUCCGAAUGUAUGAAUAUUUUAGUUAUAUAAUAUAAGUGGUUGGUAAGAUAAAAGAAUGUGAAUUCAUUGUAAUCACUGUUUUUAUCAGAAGGAUAACAUUUAUAGGCAGGAAGUGGUGUAAUUAAGAAUAUGAUAGAGAUGUUGUUAGAGAAGUUGUGCGAUUGUAAUACAGCAGUUUGUAAGGCUACAGAAUAGGUAUGAAUAUGUUAAUAUUGAUUAGACUAUGAUAUCUUUGAUAAGUUUGAAUUAAUAUAAGUAAUGUCAUGCAUAAUUGCCUAUGGGAAUACAAUCUUAAGUGGAGCAUUUUGUAGAGUAGAUGAAGGAGACCAAUUAGAUACGACAUGAGUUGAGAUUGAGAGAACCAAUAUCUAAUGGAUUACCAUUUGAUAAGUUAGAAGACUUGAAAGAUACAUAAUGGUAGAUGAGAGCUGAAGCAAUACAAAGAAUAUAUGAAGAACUAUAAGAUGUGGUCUUAACUCCAUUAUAAGUAGAGGUCUUGUUUGAUCAUAUAGUAAAUUUAGUGAAUGAUCAUAACUUCAAUAUUGUGUUAACUACUUUAUAGAUAAUGCAAAGAUGUUUAUAAUUCAAUAUUGUGAAGAGUAACAACAUAGUUAAUAUAUACACUAAGCUAGGGGAUUCUAAAUCAGCAAUCAGAACUGCUGUUAGAUAAGUUUUGGUCAUGUAUUUGUAGAAAAUUGGAGAUGGUGAAUUGCUCAUACAAAUAUUGCAAUAGCCAAAUAAGAAUUCUUUUUACAAAGAAGAAUUCUUAGAUCUACUCAUUGAUCUAGUCUAAAGAAAUAAGAUGCUGGUAACCUGAUUCCUCAAUAUGCAGCUUUCACAAUACCUCGAGUUGGCCAUCAAAGAAGUGGCUCCUUUCCUCGAGGACCAGAAAUAGAAACUGCGUUCUAAAUCCAUCGAAACCCUAACUUAGUUGGCCACAAUCAAUUAGCCUUUGACCAAGCGAGUGUUCUCAUAACUUGGCAUUACUGAAGAUCUCUUUAAUCAAAUAGAUGUCAGUACUGCUUCUUCCAAUAAAUCUGAUCUCCCACAAAUGCGAUUCAAAAAAGAACAAAGAGAAUAAAAAGAUCCUAAAGAUCUUAAAGAAUUAUAUACACAAUCUUUACCUGAACCCAAAAAUCUGUAAUAAUUUGAUAUACCCAUUUUCUAAUCAUAAUAACAAGGUUAUGUACCUACUAUCAUUUCCCAACCUUAAAAAUAAUAAAGAAGUGCCUAAAAACCAGAUUCUCAUCCUUAAUCUUCCAGUGUUGAAUUUAGACAUGCUUAAUAAUAAUAAGAAUAUAAUUAACCUCCAGCAACAUAAUAAAGCAAACCAUUUAGAAUAGUUAAAAAUCCAUAAUAAGACAUUCCUGAUUAAGAUACAGGUCUCACAUAUACCAAACCAUUCCAAAGGAAACCAAAGACUGAAGCUGAUAAAACAUUCUAACCAGUUUAUUUGGAUUCUGUCAUGCCAUUGGAUCAACCAGAAUCAGUCUUAAAGACAUUAUUGAAUGAAUUAAGAUAUGAUGAUUGGAUUAGAUAAUUUGAAGCACUCAAUAAUUUAAGAAGGUUAGCCAAACAUAAUACUGAAUUACUUAAAAAAUCAAUUAAUUUUCCAUAAAUCUUAUAAGAAAUGGUAAAACAAAUUGAAAAUUUAAGAAGUGGAGUAUCUAAAAAUGCUUUGAUUUCUUUAUAAGAACUUAGUGAUAUCUAUAAAAAAGAUUUGGAUUUUAUUAUGGAUUAAGCACUUCAAAAAUUAAUUAAAAAGGCUAUUGAUCUCAACACAUUUAUAAGUGAAGAAGUUAGAAAAGCCACAAUAUCUUUAUUGUAAAAUUGUACAGAAUCUAAAUCGAUAUCUCUGAUAGCCUAAGUUUAUCAAAGCAAAUCUAUUGCAAUUAAAGUGAAUAUUUGUUAUGGAUUAAAUAAUCUAUUGGAUCCCAAUAAAUAACAAUUUGAAAAGAUGUUGCAAAUCCUUUGUUUUUAUGCUUGUGAUUAAAGUUAAGAAGUAAGACAAAUUGCUAAAGAAGGAUUGCUUAGUUUAAUGAAUUAAAUUGAUAAAAGAGAAUUAGAAUCAUUAAUAAUCAAAUUAGCACCUGAUGGAGAAUGUAAACGUAUAAUGACAAUCAUAAAUGGUGAAUCUACUACAACAUCAGAAUUUAGAAAAUUUGGUACUACUUAAACUAAAGAAGCUAAAACACCAGAACUAAGAAAUAGAACACCAAAUAAUAAGAAAUUAUCAACAGAUUUUGAAUAAAUGCCAAAUUAUAUGAAUUAAGCAGAAUAAGCAAAAGAUUGGAAAUAAAAGAAAGAAGCUAUUGAUUGGUUAUGUAAUUUUGUAAAAAAAGAGGCUUAAGCAUUGAAUGGUCAUAAAUAUUCAAAUAAGUUUUUGGAUUUAUUAUGUAAAUUAAUUGAUGAUGGAAAUAAAAAUAUAGCAUUAUAUACUUGUGAAUAAUUCAUUCAAUUAGUUGAACCACUUAAAGUAUUUUAUUUUAAGUAAUAUAAAUAGUUUCCAAUAUAAAAUAAUUAUGUUAACGUAUGGAAUGGAGUCUUUAAAGUUGUCUCUUCGACUAAUAAUUCAGUAAGGUAAUCAGCUGAAUCACUAUUUCAUGAACUGAUGAUAAAUAUUGACAUUCAAUAUUCAUUACCUUAAAUCUAACAUCUCAUAUUGUAUGGUCCAGCCAAAUCUAAAGGUAUUGCCAUAACAAUGUUAGCAAGUACUUUAUUAUUAAUAUUAUAAUAAGAUUUUGUAUAAUAAUUUUAUGAUGAACGACCGUAAUUAGUAGUGAAAUAUCUUGUACCAUUAGCUAAGAAAUUACAAGAGGAAUAGAAACCAGACAUCAAAAUAGCUUCAUAGAAACUAUUUUAAGCAUUGGUAUCUACAUGUCCAAACGAUGUCGCUCAUUUGAAGUUAUUAAAAUGA